ACGUGGCACGAAAUCUACGCAUCCAUAUGACUAGCGAGAAGCACAUGCACAACAUGAUGCUCUUGCAGCAGAACAUGAAGCAAAUCCAGCACAACCUUCACCUGGGCCUGGCGCCGGCCGAAGCUGAGCUCUAUCAGUACUACCUGGCUCAGAACAUCGGCCUGACUGGCAUGAAGCUGGACAACCAUUCAGAUCCACAAAUGAUGAUUAACCCCUUCCAAAUGGAUCCCAGUGGUGCCACAGCUCUGGCUCCUGGGCUUGUAAAUAAUGAGCUACCGUCAGAGCUGCGUCUUGCAAGUGGUCAGCUAAUGGCCGAGGACUUGUCCAUCCUCUCCGCCGGAGAGCUGUCGCCUUGCAUCAACGACCCGCUGCUGAAACUUUUCCAGUGUGCUGUGUGCAACAAAUUCACCACGGACAGCCUGGAGACUCUGAAUGCCCACGUGGCGGCCGAGCGCCUGCUCCCGGAAGACGAGUGGAGGGCCGUGAUGGGCGAUGUGUACCAGUGCAAGCUGUGCAACUACAACACUCAGCUCAAGGCCAACUUCCAGCUCCACUGCAAGACUGAUAAGCACAUGCAGAAGUACCAGCUGGUGGCCCACAUCAAAGAAGGAGGCAAGGCCAACCAGUGGCGCCUCAAGUGCAUUGCCAUUGGCAAUCCUGUGCACCUGAAGUGCAACGCCUGCGACUACUACAGCAACAGCAUAGAGAAGCUGCGGCUACACACCACCAACCAGAGGCACGAGGCAGCGCUCAAGCUCUACAAGCACUUGCAAAAACAGGAGAGCGCGUGCAGCUCGGACUCGUGCUCCUUCUACUGCGCGCUGUGUGACUACUCAAGCAAAGCCAAGCUGAACCUGGUGCAACACCAACGUUCGCUCAAGCACCAGCAGAACGAAGGACUGAGGAAGCUGCAGCUGCACCAGCAAGGUCUGCCGCUGGAGGAGGACAACCUCGCCGAGAUCUUCUUCAUCAAGGACUGCCCUCAAGCCGAGACCGAGGACCCGGGUGAGGACACCGAGGGACCGAGACGAGCUUCCUCAGUGGCUGCGGCCGAGGACAAAGACACAAGCGAGAGAGAAAGCCAGGAGGGCAAGAGGACAGAGAAAGACUCCAGCGGUAAUACACUGGCGAAAGAAAUUCUGGAGAAUGCUGCAGUGGGGAAGCGAUCACUUCAACAGGAGAAAGAAAACGACACUCCACCAAAGAGGCCCAAAUCUGUUGAGGAGAAGACACUUACCAAUGAGCAAGUGCAGCAGUGUCCAUACUGUAAUUACAGCAGCAAAGACGCAAACCGUCUGCAGCUGCACAUCAUGUCCCAGCAUUCCAUGCAGCCCGUCAUCUCCUGUCCCCUGUGUCAGGAUGUCCUCAGCAACAAGAUUCACCUGCAGCUGCAUCUCACACACCUCCACAGCGUGGCUCCAGACUGUGUGGAGAAGCUGCUUAUGACAGUGGCAGGUCCAGAUGUUACAAUGCCAAAUAAGUCAUUGAUACCUGCACCUGUACAAGACAAAGCCCCAUCUGUAAUGAACUCUUCAGCUGAGGCAUCUGGAAAGCCCAUGGGAAACAGCUCUAAGGAUUUGAAAAAUAGCACAGGCACAGACAAAAGUGACCUUGAGCUUGCCAGUGAGGAAGUCAAGCCACCAAAAGAGGCUGCUGAGGCUCCAGAUUGGAAAAAAAACACUGGCCAGGACAGGAAGAGCCCAGAUUCCCUGCAGGAACACCUGAGCGACCUGCAAAAACGCCAGCAGCUCUCUGUCUCCGAUCGCCAUGUCUAUAAAUAUCGCUGCAACCACUGCAGCCUGGCAUUUAAGACAUUGCAGAAGCUUCAGAUACAUUCACAAUACCAUGCCAUUCGGGCAGCCACAAUGUGCAGUUUGUGCCAGCGCAGCUUCAGGACGUUCCUCGCCCUCAGAAAGCACCUGGAGACUGGUCACCCUGAGCUUAGUGAAGCUGAAGUGCAGCAGCUGUGUGGAAGUCUACCACUCAAUGGUGAUAUCACAGAGACUGAGGCAAGAGCACUGGAAGAGGCACAAGCGUUAGAACAAGAAAUGGAUAAAGACGACGAGCUGGACCAAGAAGGAAAGGCCAGUCCUACUGGAAGUGACAGUAGCUCCUUGCUUGAUGAGAUGGGUUCCGAACCAAAGCGGACCUUGCCUUUUAGAAAAGGUCCAAAUUUCACAAUGGAGAAGUUUCUAGACCCAUCUCGUCCAUACAAAUGCACUGUGUGUAAAGAGUCAUUUACUCAAAAGAACAUUCUGCUCGUUCAUUACAACUCUGUCUCACACUUGCAUAAGCUAAAGAAAGUUCUCCAAGAAGCCUCAAGUCCAGUUCCCCAGGAAACCAGCAACAAUGUUGACAACAAACCAUACAAAUGUAAUAUAUGUAAUGUUGCUUAUAGCCAAAGCUCAACCCUGGAGAUUCAUAUGAGGUCUGUCCUUCAUCAGACUAAAGCAAGAACUGCCAAACUGGAAACAAGCAGUUCCAGUAGUGGAAGUGGAAGUGGAUCUGUACCAUCUAACAGCCCUGUUCCAGUCAGUCAGGGAAACACAGAAUCUGUGAGUUUACCAGUAUCAUCGAACAAAGAGAACAAUGUAGAUACCAAAGAAGUAAACAUAAAGCCAACUACUGAUCAUGUCGCUGUUCAGCAAUCUCAUCAGUCCACCCCGUCACCAGCGCAGCUUCAGAUGCAACUGCAACAUGAGCUUCAGCAGCAGGCCGCCUUCUUCCAGCCACAGUUCCUGAAUCCAGCAUUCUUCCCCCACUUCCCAAUGACACCAGAGGCUUUGUUACAAUUCCAACAACCCCAGUUCCUUUUCCCGUUCUAUAUUCCUGGCACUGAGUUUAAUAUCAGCCCUGAGCUGGCAUUGCAUUCAGCUGCAUUUGGGAUGCCAGGCAUGACUGGGUCAUUCCUUGAGGAUCUAAAGCAGCAGAUGCAGCAACAGCACCAACUGGGCCAACAGCAGCUUCAGCUUUCUCAGCAACAAGCUCAACAGCAAGCCUCUCAGAUGCAACAGCAGCAACAAAAAGCCCAGCAGCAGAGCCACAAGCCUAAGCCAGAGCCCAAUCAUAUCUCUGUGCCUGAGAUUCAGAUGUCCAGAGAUGUGGAAGAGCACAUGGAAAAGCAAGAUAACAAAGCAAAGCAAGAGACUGUCAAUGAUCCGGAUAACAAUAAAGAAAAUAAGGAUUCCAAAAAGCCUAAAUUUUCUGAACCUUUAAUUCCUCCACCACGCAUCAUUUCUGGGGCCAGGGGUAAUGCUGCAAAGGCCUUACUAGAAAACUUUGGCUUUGAACUGGUAAUUCAGUACAAUGAGAACAGACAAAAAUGCCAGAAAAAGAACAGAGAGGAAGAAAUAAAUGACAAAUUAGAGUGUGGUAUGUGUGGAAAAUUUUUCUCCAAUAUGUUAAUCCUCAAGAGCCACCAGGAACACGUGCAUGGUCAGUUCUUUCCCUAUGUGGAGCUGGAGAAGUUUGCACAGCAGUACAGAGAGGCAUAUGAUAAGCUCUAUCCCAUAAAUCCACCUUCUCCAGAGACCCCUCCUCCGCCACCACCACCUCCACCACCUCCAGCACCACCAGCUCCAGCAACCAUUCUUCCUGCCCCCACUACAGUAGGAAAGGCACAGACACCAUCUCCAGCACCGCUACAAGCUCCACCGCCACCACCACCACCACCCCCUCCUCCACCACCUCCGCCACCCAGUGCACCUCCACAAGUGCAGCUGCCUGUCUCUCUUGACUUGCCAAUUUUCCCACCAUUGAUGAUGCAGUCCGUGCAACAUCCUGGGUUACCCCCACAGCUUGCGCUACAGCUUCCAACAAUGGACUCUUUAUCUUCUGACCUCACACAGUUGUGUCAACAGCAACUGGGACUGGAUCCAAACUUCUUGCGGCAAUCCCAGUUCAAGCGUCCUCGCACCAGAAUCACAGAUGAUCAGCUGAAAAUCCUCCGUGCUUACUUUGAUAUCAACAACUCUCCGAAUGAAGAUCAGAUACAAGAAAUGGCAGAGAAGUCUGGCCUUCCUCAGAAAGUCAUCAAGCAUUGGUUCCGCAACACGCUCUUCAAAGAGAGGCAGAGAAGUAAAGACUCUCCUUACAAUUUCAGCAUUCCUCCCUUGACCACACUGGAAGAUAUCAGAGUAGAAUCCCAGAUGAAUACACUAGAAUACUAUAAGACUGACGCAACCAUGAACAAGAGAUCCUCACGAACUCGAUUUACAGACUACCAACUCAGAGUCCUCCAAGACUUCUUUGAUACAAAUGCGUACCCUAAAGACGAUGAGAUUGAGCAGCUUUCUACGGUUCUCUGUCUGCCGACACGUGUGAUCGUGGUAUGGUUUCAAAAUGCCCGCCAAAAGGCAAGAAAGAGUUACGAAAACCAAGCCGAUACCAAGGACAGUGAAAAGAAAGAACUUACAAACGAGCGUUAUAUCCGAACCAGCAACAUGCAGUACCAAUGUAAGAAAUGCAAUGUUAUUUACCCUCGAAUAUUUGACCUGAUAACCCACCAAAAGAAGCAGUGCUACAAAGAUGAAGAUGAUGAUGGUGCAGAUGAAAACCAAUCCGAGGAGAUGGCAGAGAACUACGAGCAGACCACAAUAAGGCAAGCAGAGUCAACUAAACAACCCACUGUCACAGCAAGCAGCUCUGGCUCCAGCUCCCCGCUAAUGCCAUCACCUCGACCUGAAAUAGGAAAAAUGUCACCCAAACCUGAGAUCUCCAGUGAGAAAUCAAAGCAGACCGAGAAUGCCCCGUCACAAGCAGCAAAAGUAGUAGCCGAUCCACGACCGUCUAAAGCUUCUACCCCUCAACCUCCUCCACAGAAAAUGGCUCAGUCACAAAUGACAAGACCGCAUUCCCAACCUCAGUCUGCAGCUGUCCCAUCCAGUCCUCUCUCCAUUGCUCUCUCAUCGCUUACCAACAGCAUCCCUCCUCAGAUGUUACAGUAUCAGUGUGACCAAUGCAAGAUAGCUUUCCCGACUGUUGAACUGUGGCAGGAGCAUCAGCAUAUGCAUUUCCUUGCAGCUCAAAACCAGUUCUUGCAUUCCCAAUUCUUGGAAAGGCCGUUGGAUAUGCCCUACAUGAUAUUUGACCCCAAUAACCCUCUAAUGACAAGUCAGCUUUUGUCCGGAGCACUUUCCCAGAUACCAUCACAGAGCGGCUCUGGCCUAGCCUCUGCUACUGGCUCUGGUUCUUUAAAACGUAAAUUAGAUGAUAAAGAGGAUGGCCCAAAUGAUAAAGAAGGUGGAAAUGUUGGUGAAGACCAACACAGAGACAAACGUCUGAGAACCACUAUAACACCAGAGCAACUUGAGAUCCUUUAUGACAAGUAUCUACUUGAUUCUAACCCGACAAGAAAAAUGUUAGAUCAUAUUGCCCAUGAAGUGGGACUGAAGAAAAGAGUAGUUCAAGUCUGGUUUCAAAAUACCCGUGCCAGAGAAAGAAAAGGUCAAUUUAGAGCUGUUGGGCCUUCCCAAUCUCAUAAAAAGUGCCCUUUCUGCAGGGCGCUCUUCAAGGCUAAGUCGGCCCUUGACAGCCACAUACGCUCACGGCAUUGGCACGAAGCUAAACAAGCAGGUUUUAGUUUGCCUCCAAGCCCGAUGAUGCUUCAGGAUGAGGGAGCUGAAAGCCCACAUAAAUACAAUUUCAUGGAGUAUCCACCACUGCCACCAAAGACUGAGGUAAAUGAGAGUGAGCUUCCAGCUGCAUCCUCCACCCCAGUCAAAUCAUCUGAGGCACAUCUAAAAAACUUCUUGAGCCCUUCAUCCUUAAAAGCAGAAAACAGUGAUGAGAUUGAAGGGCUUAAUAUGAAUUCUGCAGAAGUCUCAAAUGAUAUCAACAAAAUAGAUUUUGAUGAGACUUCAUCAAUUAACACAGCUAUAAGUGAUGCAACAACAGGAGAUGAGACUAAUAAUGAGGUUGAGAACCUUAUAGCCAAUGGUGGGGAAAAACUGGGUGAGAAUAAAAUGAAUACAGCACAAAUCUCUGACAUAACUGAAGAUAGAUUCCCCUUCAACAUGGUGAGCCCAGCUCUAAGUUUCUCUGGCAGAGAUAGCGAGCAGUACUUCAGUUCCAGAGAUGAUGACCUAGAUGAAAAUGCUGAUAAAAGCGAAACCUCAAGUUUGGCUGAUCCAAGCUCACCUAGUCCAUUUGGAAGUGCAAAUUCCUUCAAGGCUAUAAAAGGUUGUGCAGAAAGACCAGGACACAAACGUUUUAGGACCCAGAUGAGCAACCUACAGCUUAAAGUUCUCAAGGCUUGCUUCAGCGACUACCGCACUCCCACGAUGCAGGAGUGUGAAAUGCUGGGCAACGAAAUAGGACUGCCAAAACGUGUUGUGCAGGUUUGGUUUCAGAAUGCCCGUGCGAAAGAAAAGAAGUUCAAAAUAAACAUUGGAAAGCCAUUUAUGAUAAGCCAAGGGUCUCCUGAUGGACCGAGGCCUGAGUGUACUUUAUGUGGUGUGAAGUAUACAGCUAGACUUUCUAUUCGUGAUCACAUCUUCUCUAAGCAGCACAUUGCGAAGGUGCAAGAAACCCUGGGGAAUCAGGUGGACAGAGAAAAGGACUAUCUCGCACCUACCACUGUCCGCCAGCUUAUGGCUCAACAAGAGCUUGACCGUCUGAAGAAGGCAACCGACAUCCUUAGCUUGCCAGCCCAGCAGCAACCUGCAGUGGACAAUAAUGCACUUCAUGGCCUUAGCCUGCCAACUGGCUACCCAGGAAUACCGGGACUCCCCCCAGUACUCCUUCCUGGUGUCAAUGGGCCAUCAUCGCUUCCAGGUUUUCCACCAAAUACACCUGCUUUAGCGUCUCCUGGUGCUGGCAUGCUUGGGUUCCCUACUCCAGCCACCCCUUCUCCUGCCAUGUCUCUCAGCAGUACCCCAACCAAGACUCUUCUGCAGACUCCUCCUCCUCCUCCUCCACCUCCUCCUCCCGCUCCUCCUGUUCCUUCUGUCCCUCCUGUUCCUUUGGCAGCCAGUCAGACUGAGCAGCACAGCAAAGUAUCUGAAAAAGAUAAGAAGUUGGAGAAGCUCAUGAAGGUCAAGGAAAGAGAAGCCGACGCCCCACGCCCCGAGACCCCUAGCGUGAAGAAAAGGGAGAAGCCUUCGCCGGUGCUUUCGGCAAUGGGAAAAGUCGGAGGCGACGCUCCGAUGGACCCAGCACAACUGCAAGCACUUCAGAAUGCCAUCGCCGGUGACCCAGGCUCCUUCUUAGGGGGGCAGUUCUUGCCUUAUUUCAUCCCUGGCUUUGCGUCCUGCUUCUCACCACAGCUUCCUGGUGGAGUGCAGGGGGGCUACUUCCCUCCCUUGUGUGGAAUGGAGAACCUGUUCCCGUACGGCCCGGCAAUACCACAAGCCAUCGCAGGCCUCUCCCCGACGGCCAUCCUGCAGCAGUACCAGCAGUAUCAACAGUCGCUCCAGGAUUCCUUGCAGAAGCAGCAGAACAAACAUGAGCAGCAGCAGCAGAAACCUCCCCCUGCGAAGGCAUCCAGUGCACAGUGCAACU